UACGCCGAAUCACCAGAAAAACGCUUGUAACCAUCCUUAUCAGACUUAGACUUGGGGCGCGGUAAACUGCGGAUUUGCACAAGUCCUGUGCUCAUUGGAGCAGCGGCUACGAGAGCCGUGUUGUUGUACGUCAAGUCCGAACGGCAGCAUUGAACAAUUAAGAGAGAGAGAGAGAGGGCGGUGCCAUCUUUUUGUACGGAUUCCUGGACUCCUGCUACUGUCUCUUAAUUAGGACAAGGGUUUGACGUCUGGAAAAUGGUGAUAUCUUGUUCAGCUCAUUCCUGCACCAACAGGCAGGGCAAAGUAGCCAAAUCUAUAUCAUUCCACAGAUUCCCUUUGAAAGAUGCGAAACGUUUAGCGGAAUGGAUUGCCGCUGUUGGUCGGACUGACUGGAAACCAACCAAGUUUUCCUUCCUGUGCAGUGCUCACUUUACCAAGGAUAGCUUUCAGAAACGUCAGGAGGACCAGUGUCAUCGACUCAAGUUCAAUGCCGUCCCUUCCAUCUUCCACUUCUCAGAAAACCAAAGGAAAGUGGACAGAGGGCACACUCGCUGUCAGGUUGCAGCCAAAAUACAGCUGGCUCCUGUCAAUCAGGAAAGGAUUUUGAGUGGCUGCUUGGCCUCUGAACCACAAAGUGAUGAAACAACUGAACACUUAGAGCCCCAUGCUGUAAUUGUGGACAGUGAAAUGGAGACCAUUUCUGGGUUGGAAGAAAGCGGUGCCAUACUCCAAUCUUCCUCGGUGACAGAUGAACCAGUUGUCUGUAUGGUUGCUGGACAGCGAUGCUCUCUGAAGUCUGAUAGCAGCCCGCCACCUGCCAGUGAAAGACUGCUGAUUGACAGCAUUGUUCCCUUUCCUGAUGAUGCCACCCCAACUGCCUCUGGCGCAUGUAAACUAAUCAAUUCCCUGCAUUCAUACUGCUUGUCUCCACGACACAGCACCUUCUUCAAGGAUCAAGUCACGAAGAAGAACACCAAACUCAAGCUGCUGAGACAGCAAAGCAGCCGAGUUGUGAAGCGAGUGAAGCGGCUGGAGGAGUUGAUCCAUAAACUUCAAGAAACGAAUUCUUCUCUCGUAAGGUGCUUUUUGCCUCAGGACAAUGUUGUUCCUCUGAAUCCAGCAGUUGAAUCUUUGUCUUGGAUGUUGGGAAGCUGGAUAUCUGAGUCCCCAGGAGAAGGCUCCUAUCCAACCAUCAAACCUUUCAAGUACAUGGAGGAAGUCCAGAUCACGCAUGUUGGUCAACCCAUGCUGAACAUCUCAUUUAAUAGUUUCAAUCCUGAAACCAAGAAGCCAAUGCAUAGAGAGUGUGGCUUUAUCAGGAUCAAACCUGGCACCAACAAAGUGGCAUUCAUCAGUGCCCAAAAUACAGGUAUUGUGGAAAUUGAAGAAGGGGAAGUAAAAGAUCAGGAACUGACACUAGCUUCUCAAUCUGUAGCUCGAAUGUCCUUUGCAAAAGAACCUCAUGUCCAGCAGAUUGCACGGAUAUUCAGACUCACAGAAGAAGGGAACUUGGAGCAAAUAGUUUCUAUGGCAACUGAUCAACAGCCUCUAUUGCAGCAUCUUCACAUAACCUACACACGGAGUUCAUAAAAGUCCAUUCACAUACAAAUUUUCACUCCAGUCUGUAGAUGCAUUGACUGUUCAAUAUACUCGCCGUUUAUACUCCAGCCUCCUUGUGAUAAACCUGAAGACUUUAUAGGUGUUACGUUUGAAAAGGGCAGCAAACGGUGGCCACAUUGUCCCAGUUCGGAUCAUCGCUCCCGCAGAAAGAAAAAGAAGAUUGCU